AUAAUUUAAUUCUUUUACGGUUUUACUCGAUAAAGGCAUAAAGUUACAAAACGUGGAUGUAUCGUACAUCCUAUUUUAACUUUCUACAUAAACCUAAUUACUAGUUUAUAACAUUGUAUUGUCUUUUUGUAGUAACACAGGUAAGGUAAUUGUUAUCCCGUUUCGGUGCCGGUGGUCAAUUGUCAAUUUUCGUAAUUACUUAUAAGCAAAUCCACAUUGAAUAUGUUAUUAACUAUUAGCAAGUUGACCUGCAAAAUAAAACCACUAUUGAAUUAUAGAGUUUAUUCUAAGAAAAUAGAUGAAAUACUACCAAAAAACUUAUUAGAAGACAUCUAUACAGCGUCACAACAAAAGCAACUGGGUGUAAUUUAUGAUAAAAGGCCAUUUAAAAUUACAUUAGAGAAAGACAAAAAGUAUAAUUGGUGUUCUUGCGGUAUGAGUCGACAACAGCCGUUUUGUGAUGGUACUCAUAAAAAUCAAAAACUCCGAAUAACAAUGAAACCAGUUAGAGUUCAAGUAGCUGAAACCAAAGAAUAUUGGCUAUGCAAUUGUAAACAAACAUCGCAUCGACCAUUUUGUGAUGGCACACAUAGAGAACAACACAUACAAGAUGCAAUUAAGAAAUAUUAAUUACUGGUUUUUUGUAUAUUUUAUAAGAUAUAGUUUCUUUUGUUUUGGGCACAUAUUUUCAAGUGGAAAAAACAUAGUUUUUGAAAGAAUUGUUUUAAAAAAAUUGUGCUAUACUAACACUAUUUGUUUUGUUUUUCAAUGUAUUUUUAUCUUAACUCUUAAGGUAACUAUAAAAUAAUAGUGAUUUAACUUUUGGCCACACAAUAAGUUAUAAUAAUAUAAAAACAAAAUUAUAGCAAUUAAUUAAACUCUAAAAAAGAUGUAAAAAAUAAAGUACAUUCAUUUCAAACCUGUAGUAAUAUAUAGUGUUUAAAGCAAGCAUUGCCGAAUACAAAACUAGCGUUAAAUAAUAAUACUUAGCACACUA